GCGCGGCAGCCGCCACAAGGUACAGCCCUCAGCCGCAGCUGCGCGGUUUGUCUUUUCCGUGUGCCCUGCUCCCUGAUACGUGCCGUGUACAUCCCUCCGUACAUAAAUAUAUAACCUCUACGUCGGUCUGCGCUGAGGAGUACAGACAGAAAGCUGGUUUGUAUCGGGGACAAUUUUUCACUUACUUCAUCCUCGGUUUUAUAUUCAGUGGCGUAUACUGAACAGCGAAAUGUCCUCAAAGAAGAAAAUAAAGAGGAGUCAUACCAGCUAUAAGCCAGAGGAGCAAAAAGCCAGUUCCAAUCCUCGUUGGAAAUCACUUCUGCUUGAGGAGCCAGAUGUCUCAAGGAUAUUGAAGGUAGCAGAAACAAAUCAACUUGAGGAGCUUGAUGAUUCCUUUGAUCACCCUUUGCACAGUACUGCAGUGGAUGCUUAUGGAGAGGAACAUUCACAAAACGAGGCACUCAGUCGUGUUUCGGCACUGCGGCGGCAAAAUACAGACAGACGGUCUGGUGGAAAAAAAAUAAAAUUUAAAAAACCGUGUCACUCAAAGCCCUCCGAUGGUGAUGUUCAGCAAUUCAACACAGCUGGUGCUGGAGAGGAGCCCCUUAAGGAGACUGUGGCAAAAAAGAAGCAGCCUUCAGAGGGGAACACAUCAGAUCCUUCUGUGGAUAGCCCACAUUCUGUACAAAUUUGGUGUCCCAAAAAGCUGAAGAGAUCUCCUAGAGAUAUUACAGAACUGGAUGUUGUUCUGGCCGAAGUUGAGAAGAUAGCAGCAAAUUACAGACAAAGUAUAGAAUUAAACAUUUGCAGAAAGGCUAUCAAUGACUUCUCUUCUGCUUUCAAGGACCAAAUCACUGAUCUUAUAGCAGGAGUCCAGGAAUUAAAGAAUAUGAAGAAAAAAAAUGCUAAGGCAAUAACAAACAUCAAAAAGAAAAGGCAGCAACUGGUGCAAGUCAGAGACGAGCUAAUUAGAGCUGAACCACAACUGACACAACUGCAAAGAGAAUAUGCUGAGGUACAGGAAAGGAAAUCUUCCUUGAGGCAAGCAAUUGAAUUAAUUACUGACUUAAAGGAGCUACAGCAAGACUGUUUGGAUUAUAGAGAGGAAAACCCAAAAGAAAAAGUGGUAUAUGGAACUUCCAGCCUCCCUGCUCUUCUGGUGGAGUCUCGGAGAAUUCUGGGAGCAGAAAGGCACUUUGAGAGUAUCAAUAUGAAACUGGAAGAGGCUCUGGCUGUACAAAAAGAGCAGAGAUCAAGGAAAAAUUAAGUGUCUUUUUAAGACUUGCAGACGUUCAGCAGGAACAGUUAUUAGAACUGUCAGUGCUUAAAGCUUGUUUAAUCAUUGUUACUCUAUUUUGUUUCAGUGUUUAAAAGAAGUCAACAACUUAGAGAUUAUCUUUUUAUUGUCAAAUAGUCUUAGAAUAUCAAUGAAAGGAAAUAGCGAUCACAGUUAACAACUUUUGUGUACUCUGAACAAUGGUGGGUGUUAAUCUUGUGCUAUUAAAGUAAUCUUGAGAGGAAUAAAGAACACAGACUCUAUUUGAACAAAGAUGAAUAAACAAAUAUUUUUAUUAAA